UUUUGAAGCUUUUAAUUGCAGGGUCGGAACGAGUGAUUUACAUAGGUUUCGCAUCUAAAACAUUCAAGGAUUAUCGUCAUAAUUUACGUCCUCUUACAGAGGUUAAAGUUCCAGUUUAUAAAGUGUUAAUAAGUUAUCAAUCUUACAGAGUACUCCAAGUAGACACAUCAGAUGGGAGCUAUCGUUUCUUCUCGCAAACAGCCAAGAAAAUCACGAGUUGAACACAAAGCAAUAGCUGUCAAUGCUUUCAAACCAAAACAACCAUCUGAUUCCGUCAAUGGAGGUCUAACUGAAACUGAGCCCAUCAAUGAAACAARUGUGAAUGAAAACAGCACCAAUGUAGCAAUAUCCUCUUGGGGGGAGGGGGUAAUUGGAACRUCSACACAUGCUCUCCAAGACAAGGGUGUGGUUACAUCAAGAGGGGUGGACUAUGAUGUAGCRACAAGUAAAAAUUUAUACCCACAAAUAAAUAAUAACAGUCAGAAAGAAAACAGCCACAGUUAUGCCAUUGUUACACCACUUCAACCUAAUGAUGCUGCAGUUGUUAUACAAAGACAUGUGAGAGGGCACCAAGUCAGAAAGGAUUUACAAGAACAGCAAAAAGCUGCAUCAAUAAUUCAAAAGCAUGUCAGAGGGCACCAGGUCAGAAAGGAUUUAGAAGAACAACAAAAAGCUGCCGUAAUAAUACAAAAGAAGUAUCGUCAACACUUGGACAACCCUGACGGAAGGCACAUAAAAACAGCCUCAAAUGAUGAUGAUGAUGAUAGUGAUGAGGAUCAAUCAGAUAAACAGCAAAUUGAAUACAGAAAAGCCUGGAAAGAAUCAACACCAAAGGCUCAUGURUUGGACAAAAAUAUGAAAAUAGGUGACAAAACAAAAGAAAGUUUUGAAAUGUAUCAAGAUGACAUAACAAACCUCAAAUGGAAAACUGAGCAACAGUUGGAGCUUACGACAAUGGGUGAUGACUACAUUCCUCCUAGAGUUCUGUUGAUCUCCUCCAAUGUGCCAAGAUCAGAUAUUUUACAGAAAAUUGUAAACCAGGAUGUUAUUUUAAUAAACUAUGACUUUUCAAAUACAACGUUGGAUUCUUUAUUAGAGGAAAUAUCAAAUCAACUUGAGAACUAUAAAGCUAACAGUAAAGCUCGCUCAAUUGGUUUUGUAAGUAAAGGGGGSCCAGGCUAUUUUAAUCCUGUCAAAGGUGUCAUGGUGACCAAGAAAAAAGUUAAACAAGAUGAGGAAAUGUCUAGGUUUUGGAAAACUCUUGGCACCAAGAUGACAAAGUUGAAUUGCCAAGACACCAAAAUACAUAUUAUAGGAUGCAACAUUGCUGGAAAUAAACAAGGAGMAAAGUUAUUAAAWUUUUUAUCCAAGUUCAUGCGGCCAUCCAUAGUUAAAGUUGAAAGCCCUCUUGAAAUGUCAGAGGCAGGAAAAGAGAUGCUUGAUGUGUACUUUGAUUACAAUCGCUACAGGACAUGGAAAUCAAGAAUGUACUCAAAAGUUAUAUUUGACAUAUAGAGCACUGUAAGGCUACUUUACAUGAUGCAACUUGUCAAAUAACUUGACUGUAUGCAUCAUUGCUUGGAUAUGAUGGAUUUUAAGUUGUAGGCCACCCAUCUUUUUUAGGGAUGUUUACACAUUAUUGCCUUGUUUUGUUCCUGAAGUGGUCCAUAACAAGUUGUAUAAUGUAAAUUGGACUUUGGAAGCUCUCUCCAGCUUAUUACCACAUUGGUAGGACAGUUGAUACUUAGUUGUGGCUCAGAUAAAAUGCAAACAGCUUAAAAUACUGCAUGGCCAUGUCUAACUAAAAC